AUGGAACCCACUGAGAACACUCCUCAAGAGAACAUUGAGGUCAGCUCUAAUGCUCAAGCUACAAGCGAUCUUCAAGCACCGCAACAUGUAGAGCAUCCUCAAGGAGAAGAAAUUGUUGAGUACUACUUUUCCGAUGAGAACCUCCCCAAUGACGCAUACCUUCUCGACAAGAUCGCAGGCAAGGAGAAUAAGCCUAUUGAAAUCAAGAAGAUCUGCCAGUUCCCCAAGAUGCGCAAGUACAAGCCCUACAGAUCUGUUGUGGAGUCGUUGAAGAAAAGCACCAUGCUUGAGGUUAUCGACAACAAGUACAUCAAGCGUAAAGUUCCACUCACCAUCGAACACAUGGCCCCUGAAAAGAUCAAGGCGGUAUUGGAAGAAGAGCAGAAAAAGAAGGGUUUCAACAGACCUCCUCCUGACCAACCAUGGAUGACAAAGGCAAUGAUGAAACCCACGGGCUUCGAAGAGUUCUAUGCGGAUGCGCCUGUCACUCCUGCUGCAUUCAAAGAGGAGCAGUCGCUGUACGACCAGGACAUUUCGUUCGAAACACGUAUCGAGACAGCCAUUCAGCGUUACCGCGCUCGACGCAAAUUCCAUCAACAGACUGCUCAGGUGUUCAAUAAGUUCAUGACAUAUGGUGGUAUCGAGGCCGGGCCCAAGAUGUUCGGUGGGAACGACAACAGAGACUUGUCUGAGAUGGACGCCGCAGACAUCGCUGCUGCGACCGCUAUACAUUUUGUCUCAGAGGACGUUCUUUACACAGACAGAUGGGAGGUGGACUUUGCUGGGGUGGCAAAGGGAUUUCUGUCCUGCCAUAUCAUGACCGAGCUCGAGAGCACUUCAGGCCAGGCCGACAUCGCAAGAGUCACCAAUGUUAUGCGCAACUUCUACAACUACUUGCUGCACCACAACGUCUGCCCGGAGUUCGAGAGCCAGAUCCAGGCUGCGCGCAAGGUCUGUGACCUCGCAGACGUUGAGCUCUUCAACGUAGUGGUUGCCAAGGAGAGGCUCCCAGGUCCUUUCAACACAGCCGUCUCGGCUACGCAUGGCGGAACUGUCGCAGGCGUGUACAACGGCGAGCAUGACUGGGAAGACGCUGGCACCAUCAAAUGUACUCUGCGAGAUUGCCAAGAUAUCGUCAAGUUCGCCAUCUCUGCCUACGGAUCUGAACAGCAAUAUGACAAGCUGAGCGACGUGGGCAAGUUCCAGACUGUCUAUCAAGAACAAAUAAGCCUGGAAGUGACAAAGGUCGAAAUGGCCGACGAAGUAACGCGUGCACUCUAUGAUGCAGCUCGAGAGAGGAAGUCAUUCCUCGCUGCCCUCGGUAAGCUUCAUUGUCGUCGCUGGACCUAUCCACUCGCACCCAACUUCGAUCAUUCGGACGAAGCGCUCAGACGACAGCAGACCGAACACACAAUGACUCUGUGGGUUGAGGAGAACAUCUUGCAAUACUGUGCUGUCGGCAUGAAGAUCGAGGGAGAGGUGCGCGAGCUUGACAUUGGUAUCAAGUGGCUGGACAGUGUCCGUGCCAUCAGCCCUUCAUUUUUUGAAUGGCUUCCAAACGAAUUCUAUAAGGAGGAGAAGGUUAUGAAGGCCGAGAGCGAAGCACAGCAGCAUAAUAACCAGAUCAACCAGACCGACGUGGGAGAGACCGAGGAUGUCGUUGAGGAAGUCUCUCAGACUGAGAGCGCUUGA